AGACUAUUCGACACUGACACAACGCUGCAAAAUGGCAGCUAUGCUAACCGUAACUAGUUGUGAUCUGCAAGUCCACUGUAAUUAGUCAACAAGCCUUUAGCCCUACGAGUGUCACUCAGAACAUCUACUACGUGACUAAUCUGCUCUCAAACAGCAGCCAAUCGGUUCCUCGGUUCCCUCACGACGUCACGGAGGGCCCCUCGUUGAAACUGACCGCGGCUUGAAGAUGAUAGAGGAGCGCGAGGCGAGGAGGACAACGUCCCGAAAAACAAGGACAAGGAAUCUCCUCCAAUAAAAAUGUUGAAUUCGCUCACAUUACUCCUGGAAAAAGUGUUCUUCCUCACUCACCUCAAUGCCUUCCGGUCCAGUUUGUUGUUUUCAGACACAGACAGAGCGAGGGAGAAGAAGAUAGUUACACAUCACUGCGAGAAUGAGGGGUGGAGAGAGAGAGUCCCGGAUACCUCCGCCGGGGCCGCACUCCCAGAGUCCAUAUACCAACGGGGAGACUUGCUAGAAGUACCCCGGACUUUAUUCACUCAUUUUGGCAUCUAUUUAGGAGACAACCGGGUGGCCCAUCUGAUUCCGGAUAUCUUGCCACUCUUUACAACGGACAAGCGUUCAAUCCAGGUGAUGGUAACAAACAAACGCUUAGUUCUCGGAGUUUUAUCCAAGAGCGCCAGCAUUCGGGUGGAUACUGUUGAGGACUUUGCGUAUGGAGCAUCAAUUCUACUGAACGCUAUGGACACUACCGUGCAGAAACGACCGUUGGAUGGCGAAGAGAUCGCGAGUAGAGCGGAGAAACUGGUUGGGAAGAUACCGUACAGCUUGCUUUGGAAUAACUGUGAACAUUUCGUUACUUAUUGCCGGUAUGGCAUUGCAAUCAGCAUUCAGACUGACAAGUUCUGUGAUUGGCUGAAAUCUGUCGUCCGGGAUCACAGGAGUGUUCCGCUGACGGCGUUCCUGGGAAUUCUGUCUGUGGUCUAUCUAGGAAUGUCGUCCUACACCGCCAUACCCACCCUCCUCAUCCCCUUCACCCUCUGGAUGGCUGGCUGAUUCUGGGAAUUCAAUAAUGGACUUGGAAUGAUGGAAUUUUAUCAAUGUAUUGAAGUGUAUGUGCUGUGUUUUAAAUGGCUCCAGAAAUGGGCAGCAAUGACAGCAUUAUGACAUCACUAUGACAGCAUUAUGACAGCAUAAUGACAUCACUAUGACAUCACUAUGACAGCAUUAUGACAGCAUAAUGACAGCAUUAUGACAACAUUAUGACAGCAUUAUGACAGCAUUAUGACAACAUUAUGACAGCAUUAUGACAGCAUUAUGACAGCAUUAUGACAACAUUAUGACAACACUAUGACAGUAUUAUGACAGCAUAAUGACAGCAUUAUGACAGCAUUAUGACAGUAUUAUGACAGCAUAAUGACAUCACUAUGACAGCAUAAUGACAACAUUAUGACAGCAUUAUGACAACACUAUGACAGCAUUAUGACAACAUUAUGACAGCAUUAUGACAUCACUAUGACAGCAUUAUGACAACAUUAUGACAGCAUUAUGACAACAUUAUGACAGCAUUAUGACAGCAUUAUGACAUCACUAUGACAGCAUUAUGACAUCACUAUGACAGCAUUAUGACAGCAUUAUGACAGCAUAAUGACAACACUAUGACAGUAUUAUGACAGCAUUAUGACAGCAUUAUGACAGCAUAAUGACAACAUUAUGACAACACUAUGACAGUAUUAUGACAGCAUAAUGACAGCAUUAUGACAGCAUUAUGACAGUAUUAUGACAGCAUAAUGACAUCACUAUGACAGCAUAAUGACAACAUUAUGACAGCAUUAUGACAACACUAUGACAGUAUUAUGACAGCAUAAUGACAACAUUAUGACAACAUUAUGACUGCAUAAUGACAACAUUAUGACAACACUAUGACAGUAUUAUGACAGCAUUAUGACAGCAUUAUGACAGCAUAAUGACAACAUUAUGACAACACUAUGACAGUAUUAUGACAGCAUAAUGACAGCAUUAUGACAGCAUUAUGACAGUAUUAUGACAGCAUAAUGACAUCACUAUGACAACAUUAUGACAGCAUUAUGACAACACUAUGACAGUAUUAUGACAGCAUAAUGACAACAUUAUGACAACAUUAUGACAGCAUAAUGACAACAUUAUGACAACAUUAUGACAGUAUUAUGACAGUAUUAUGACAACAUUAUGACAGAAUAAUGUAAUAAUUCAUUAAUAUUUUCUGUACCCAUCUCUAACCAUGAACACUUUGCACAGAAUGUAUUUUUCACAUCGUAACAACUUUAUACUGUAUUUUUUAUGUAAAUAAAUACCUGUACAUUGUA